GCCUGUUAUUAUGUGGUCAUUCGUUGCUCUUUGCUUCCCUUACGCCUUCUCCUACUCUCAUAAGUUUCGUUGGCAAGAAAUCCUCAGACUUCUGAGCUGCUUUCACGCACUUUUACUACCUCUUCCCAGGUUCUCUCCCCGCAUCAAACACCAUGGCACCGUCUGUGAGACAGACGGACUUCGAUGCUCACUUCCUCGAUCGCCUGGUUGGGACUAAGGUCACUACCUAUUUCGACAUUGACCCUCCACAAAAGCUCUCAUCCGUCUCCUUUGCCUCUGAGGCACCUGUGCCACUGUCUGCGAAUUCCCCUCCCGGGGUUUCUCCCCCUCCACUUUCAGCUACUUCGACCUCACCUCCUCCGGUCUCGCAGACUACUGCCUCACUCACUACUGCGGCAUCAUCUGCUACAGUAUCUAGCCUCUCAUUCCUUGAAUCCCCACCUUCGAAGGCCUGCUCGUGGAUUAUCACGGAAAAGCUUUCUGAGAGCGCGCUCUACCUCGCACAGGACCAAGUCAAUAUGGGCGCUGGGCCUCCUAUGACAGUUGGUAUUUUCCUAUGCUACCUAGAAGAGGACCCGGCGCAAAUAGCCUUCAUGCGAAUUUACUAUCAGAUUCCUAUUACUGGGACCGAGUUCGCUAAUUUAGCUACUCGAGCUCAGCAGGGCCGUCCUGGUAGGAUCUGUGGUGAGCAUGAAACGUUUCAGGUAUUGAUGAGGCAGGGAUGUAGCGUUGUUCCGCGUUUUCUUGGAUACGAUGAAAAGAUGCAGGGGCAGAGUGAUCUCGUACCUGGUGGUUUUAUCCAAUAUGUUGUGUGGGAAAAGGUCCCGGGGGAGUCACUCACAGAAGAAUUGUUCUGGAGCCUGGACCGCCCUACACGUGAUGAUAUCCGUGCCAAGUUUCGCGCUGCCUACGAAGAGCUACUACGUUAUGAUGUAGCACCACAGUUGUCAAGGAUUUCCAAAAUCAUCUACGAUCAUUCUACUGGCGAUAUCCGCAUCUCGGGGUUUCAGCGGGGAUGGCCAAUCCUCGACAAGGAACAAUGGUCAGAUACCCUUUACGUUGCGUAUGACCUGGCUGAGCCGCCAGAGGAGGAUCUGGACUGGAGUCAGCACCCGGAAAAUUGGAAGUGGUGA